AUAGAUAUAAAUGUAUUUAAUUGUUAUUUAUUAUUAAAAUAAUAAAUCGUACACCUGCAACUUGGUAAGAAGAUCUUCAAAAUUAACAGGAAUUAAAAUUCAAGUGUAAACCUUUUUUAUUGCAGCAACAAUUUGGUCAAAACUUGAACAGGAAUUAAAAUUCCAGUAUAUAAUAUAUAUAUAUAUAUAGUAUAUAAACAUAGAACUGAAUUGAAUGGAUCGGCCCCAUUGUCUCCGAUACCUGAUCCAGCUAUUUGAGUCAGUAUCGUCCCGAUAUCCGAUCCGGUAUCUGUGUAUCCCUUAUUAAGUGCCAGACUUUUUCUUAUCCAUACAUAGUUUAGGACGGAGCCCAGCUAGCUUUCCCCCCUGUUUCCAGUCUUUAUGCUAAGCUAAGCUAACUGUCUGCUGGCUGUAGCUUCAUAUUUUCUGCACUGGAGAGUGGAGUCAAUUUUCUCAUCUAAUUGCAAGAAAACAAGUAUAUUUCCCAAUUUCCAAUUUAGCGCUUUCAUCUUUAGAUGAACUUUUAUAUUUAAUCCGACACACUUCCAAAGGUGUGAAAUGCUGCUGGUGUUUUUGUGUUGCACAAAAGUGACAUGAACGACUAAACCCUUUAACCCUUUAGGCUGAGAAACACCCCCGAGCCACCAGUUAAUGUUCACCUUACAGAAUCCAUUUACAGGUUCUUUAUGUGAAGAUAUUUUCAACCUGGCUUCAGGUUUUUAUCACAUUACUGGCUGUAAAUUACACACCUUUGGACGUUACACCACAUACCAUUGUGAUAGUUGAUCUCUCAGAGACCUUAGUUACAGAUUACAAGAAACAUUAAAAGAUGUUGACACAACGCUGGAGAAUGUGUUGUGCAUGUUAACGGCAAAAUUAGUUUUCCUCUCGCAGAGGCGACCGUUGGGUUCAGAAAAGUGUGGGCAGUGCAGCUUGUCUCAACGUGGACAGUUUUACUGACAUCCUGGGCACCAAGCAUAUAAACUAGUACAUGACAUUGUGCUGUCAAAGAUUGAAGAUUCACUCAAGAUGUUUAUUGUCACUCCGGUUAUACAAUCAAAUGAAAUGCUUUCGCCUUGGGGGCUCCAUAAAAGAAAACAAAUAGUAUAUAUAAAAAGACAUGUAAAAUAUAAUACCAAAUUAUAAUAAACAAUAAAAGUAUCCCUUAAAGAAAAACAAUAAAGACAAUGCAUUCAAGGUGAUUGCACAGGGGCUGGAUUGUACUGUGUGUGUGUGGUUUAAGUUUAUUCUUUACUUUUGAUUAUUCUCUAAAACAUCUGAGUGGUUGAGCCUGUGAAGGCCACACAUAUGUCACUCUUUCCCAGAUUUAUUGUCCUUGCAGGAGACUGUCUGACAGGUGUUACUGAGGGAACACAGACACAGCAGAGGAGAGGGUUUUCCAUUGUCACCUGGUUUAACCCGCCGCCCUCUGCAGUGUGAUGAUUGGCCAUAACAGCAGCCCGUCAUCACGAAUAUCCAAUCAAAUCAUUGGUUGCAGGAAAUAUUUGUGUUGCCUUCAGGUUCCAAAGGUCAGAGUUCAUGUUUCGUUUGUUAAACAGUCAUUUCAGGAUUUGUUUGCAGCUUUGUUUAGAUUAACUUUAUUGUAGUCACCUUGUUUCAUCUCUGCCGGUGAUCACCAGAUGCUGUAAUGUCAUCUACAAUGAAACAAGAAGUUUCAGAGCUCUCUCUCCCGGUGCCAUGGGGGCACAUCAUAGGGAAAGUCUGGGGUCCUGAUCACGGUCGUCCUGUGUUGUGCCUGCAUGGCAGGGCUGACAACUGUGGGACAUUCAACACCCUCAUUCCCCUUCUACCCAAAGAUUGCAGAUAUGUGGCGGUGGACAUGGCAGGUCACGGUUUGUCCUCCCAUUAUCCCCCUGGAGUGUUUUAUUCAAUUCCUUCAUACGUGGCGGACGUACGCAGAGUGGUUGACGGUCUCCAGUGGACAAAAUUCUCCAUCAUAGGCCACAGUAUGGGUGGCAACACGGCUGCAAUGUUCAGUGCACUGUAUCCUGAGAUGGUGGAUGUUGUCGUACUGCUGGAUUCCUUUGGAUUUGUAACUAUAGAUCCGAAAGGAGCAUCCCAUGACAUGAGGAAGGCGAUGGAUGAGAUGCUUCUGUUUGAAAAAAAAAGAGAAGAGAAGCAAAAAGUUUACACUUUUGAGAAGGCAGCUGAGAGGCUGUUGGCUGCAAACCCGACUCUGUCUGAACAGUCGGUGCACAUCCUUUUAGAGCGAGGUCUAGUUCAAGUUGAAGGAGGAUUUGUGUUCUCCAGAGACUUGGGAGUUCAUACUAUAAAUAUAAUGCACAUCAGUUUGGAGCAAGCUCUGGAGAUGCAGUCGAAGAUUCAAGCCCCUCUUCUAGUUAUUCUAGGAGACAAAGGCUUUGGUGCAACAUCUCCAGACCCAAUCCGACAGAGAUUGCGCUCCAUGCUUCUCCAAGGAUAUCGUGACAGAAAUCACACGGUGGUGAUGGUACCAGGCGAUCAUCACGUCCAUCUGAACGACCCUGAAGUCGUCGCUCCAUUAGUUUUUGACUUCCUCCAGCCCAAAGUGCUCCCACAGCAGCUGCAGGCAUAGUGGACACACACACACACACACACACAUUUUCAUUGUGAAAUGUCACACUUCGAGUCUCAGUACGCUGCUCUCAUCUCUCGCAGAAAAGUCAUUUACAUAAUUCUAUGUUAUUAUUUGAACACUGCUAUAAAGUUUCUUCAGUGACUUUGAAUAAUCUAAAUGUGUAAACCUCCACUGAAUUGCUGAAAUUGCUGCUUUUACUAGAAAUACUAAACAUUUGCAAACUUUACACGUACAGAUAGAAGCAAAAUAUAUCUAUAGUUAGCAAGACCUCCUCGCAUCAAGGUUGUUUUUGUGCUUAGUUGGGUUUAGUUAAAAUCAUUUCACAAUGAUUGCAUUAUGAUACCUUAUUUCUUGUCUGCCUCUUGAAAAAAAAGAUGACUUGUUUGUUCAUAUGAUGUAUUUUUGCUUAGUUGUAGUUCUUAUUUUCUAAUGUUUUUUAAGUCAUUGAGUGCCUGUUCUGCAUCUUGAUAAAGACUGGUGGACUGUAAAAAGACUUUAAUCAUAAAAAUAAUUUAUAAUAUUAUAAUCUUUCCAAAACCAAAGUUACAAAGUGCUUCAGUCAAGGCUGUAAAUUAAAAUCAACAAAACCAUUUUCUGUAAUAUUAAAUAAAAAAAACGUCCUAGUUCGAUCCCUGACAAAGUGUGAUAAAUGAUAAAUACAUUUAAUUGUAAAUAAAUAUAUUACAAUGCUGUCAAUUAACCAAACCAAGAUCUGACUCAAAUCAGUUUCAGCUGUCAGAACAGAACAUAUUUUGUAAAAAGUGCUAAACUGAAUAAAAUCCCACAUUGUUCAAAUAAUCUGUUAUUUCUUCAUGUAACUUGUACGGUUUCAUCAUUUCAUUUGAAGCUGAUCUGUUUAACUCGACUGCUUUUCAUGAAUCUGACUUCUUGUGCGGAACGGAGCUAAAAAUGGCGGUCAUUAAAAGAGAUGACAUCCUCUGACAACUUCUCAUUAUGUAGGCCAAUCCUCUCUGUAUUCAGCUUUUGUCUUGGAGCCAGCAAGACAAAAAAAAAAAAAUCUUUUUGCCUCCACUUUUACUCGGGGGAGUGACUCCGUAAAACACUGCAGCUGCCGUCAGUCAGAGCAGAUAUUAGAGGUGCAGCUCACACAAAAAUGGCCCCCUUCUCUUCCUCUCAAUGUCACAUAAACUGUGUGAUGGCCUUGCUGUUAAAUGGAGUGGAAUUGAUUUUACGCAGCGAGCAGCAAGGCGGCGAGCAUCCACAGACAUCUGAAGCCCCCCCCCGCAAAGAAAAAUGAUUAUAGUUAUAUAAGUUUCCCUCCCACUCCCUCCAUCCUCUCCACCAUCAGCAGCAGGGGUGUUGUCAUAGCAACACCCACCCCUCCUUUUUUGAACGUCAGAGCCAGGAGCUCGGAGGAUGAAGCCGCAUGCAUGCAGCUUCUGUCUCUUGUGCCUCUCGGAGAGCACAUGCAACGGUCGGAGCUGCGGCGCUGGAAAUAAUCUGGUGAUUGAUUUGACAUCACGUACAAUCUACGACCAAGAGACCAACUGAGUCAGCAGCGUCUGCAGCAGUGAUGUCGUGGCUGUUCCUGGACUGGUUCGUCCCCCUCUACCUGCUGGUGUCGGUUUUGGUGCUGGCAGGCUUCGGAGCGUGCCUUUACUUCCUCGAGCCCGGGCUGCAGGAUGCCCACAAGUGGAGCAACAAAACAGUCCGGCAUCACCCGCUGGUGGCCAGUGUGAACUGCAGAGAUGACGAUAGCAAUGCCCUGAUAUGAUGGAGACAGAGACGGAGAGAGGGCGAGGCGGAGCAGGGCGGGAGGCCAUCUGGACAGGGGUGCUGCCAGGACACCGGUGGGUCGGGAGCCAACACCUUAAAGAUGGAGACAGAAAAAUGGAAGAGGAGGGAUGAGAAAGGUGAAGGAGAGACUGCCACUGUCCUAUCAUUCCAACUUUUCUCUGAUCUCUUAACACACUUUGUGUCGAGAUCAGGGAAAAGCGAAGCAGAGGAGGAAGCCAAAUGCACAAGGAGGAGAAGACUUCACGCAGGAUGAGAUUGUGAGGCGGUUGGAGGACAUGUUGCCCUUUAGAAAUGUGAUUAAAACAUGAUGUAAAUUCCACGCCAUCUUAUACUCGUGCCAACUUUUACAUACGUUUUGUAAUUUGACAAUCACUUUACAUGAAUCAUGAAGUUUACUUAUAUUGUGCAUUUAAUUAGUGAAGUGAAUGACAGAAGUGCAAUGAAUUUGUUGCCAGCGGGGAAGGGUUUUUAAUCCUCUCUCUCUCUGGUGAUGUCGGCACGGCAGCUGCUGAGAAGCAUGAGGAUUGUUAGUGCCAAUAUGCCAAAAUGGUGUUAGUAGUUGACUUUAUUAUUAAAAUAAUAUGUGCUGAAUAAAUACUAACUGAUUUAUUCAAGGUGCCAAGAUUAUCCGAGAUGGACCAAGAUUACAAGAAAGCUGGUGUUUGGUAAUACUCAAAGUGUAUAUUUUUUUUGUUUUCAUUGUUUUUACUUGACAGCAUGGUGAGGAAACUGUGGGUGUGUAACGACCCUCUUUUGAUGAUCAUAUGCUUCCUUUGGUGAUACAAAAUAAAACUGUUUAAUCCUCAA